CAGCAGUUGAGCUUAGAUUCAAGAUUUUCUUACACAUGGGGAUUUUUGUUCUCCUAAUGUUUCUAGGCUCAUAUCAGGUUGCUUUGGAGGUUGAUAUCAGGUGGCUACUCAUGUUUGGCUUGGUGGCUUGGUGCCUAAAUUUUAGAUGUUUCAUUAAUCUUGGCUGCUUUUCUCAUCCGUUUUGGGUUUUAACCUUGGAUCUAGAAGGUUGCAGCUUCUUUGUUCUCCUACUCAAGAGUUGCUCAUUGUUCAGUUCAAGCCAUGUUCUUCAGGAAAAUCAUCGUUUCUUCACUUCCAAGGCCAGCGUCACUCAACUUUGCUUGGAGCAUGCUUAUUUGUUUCUACAUUGCCUUUGCUUAAUAUUUCUCUUGAUUUCCUAUGUGAUUGAGAUGUGUGCCUAUCUCGACUGUUCUGUUGUGUUGGCAAUUUCUCGCCACUGGCCCAUUAUAACUGUUGUUCACGUACCUGGUGCACUUCUAAUUUUGAAUUGUGCUUGCUGAGUGCCCUCAUUUUUUUACUA